GAAGCUUCUUCUUGUUGGGGGGCUCUCUCUCUCUCUCAUAAUCUCACCAACUUAGCCAAAAAGACUAACAUAACCUUUCUAGCUAGCUCACUGACAGCUUGUAUGCCACUAUUUUAAUUAGCUUACUCCUCAUAAUAUACUACUACUUGUCAGUUUUAGCUCAGAAUCAGUGUCAGGUGAUUUGUUUUCCCCCCCUCAUAUACUUCCAUUCCAGGUCUAUCGGGAAUCCAAAGCCAUCUUAGGUUGUUGAUUUGGGGGAUUUCCGUAUGAUUCAUCCGGGGAAUCAAAAAUAUUACUAGCAUUUCCCACACGAAUUAGGUGGUGAUUUCUCAAGAAAAAUCGUUUCUUGGAAAAAGCUGUUCAGUCCAACAACAGCUUGGAGUUGGACAGCCUUCCUCUUCGUCUAAUAAAUCCCCACUCACCACCUCCCCUCUCUGCACACACAGACUCUUCCUCUGGGAGGGAAAGCCAAAUUUAUUUAUUUAUUUUGCCUCUGCUAUUUAUCUUAUCUUCUGUUCCUGGGACAAGAAAUUGCUCACGAGUUUUUACCCUGCAUUUGCUCCUGCCCAUCCAAGCAAACUGCCAGUUCUUCAUCAUUUUUGGUUCAAAUCUUUGGCCGCAAGAUCUGAAAUCGCUCUGCAAUGAGGCCGGAGACAAGGCUUGAUUCGGCGGCAUUCCAGCUCACGCCCACUCGCACCAGGUGUGAUUUAGUUGUGAUAGCAAAUGGAAGAAAGGAGAAGAUAGCCUCUGGUUUGCUCAACCCAUUCAUUGCACACCUCAAGGUUGCCCAAGAGCAGAUUGCAAAGGGAGGAUAUACAAUAUCACUCGAGCUGGAUCCAGAGACGGAUGCUCCAUGGUUUACCAGGGGCACCGUGGAGAGGUUUGUUCGUUUUGUCAGCACCCCAGAGGUCCUGGAGCGAGUAACAACUAUAGAGUCCGAGAUAUUGCAGCUCGAGGAUGCCAUUGCUGUUCAGGGCAAUGAAAAUCUUGGACUAAGAUCUGUAGAAGACCAUAAUGGGAAACUGGUGGAAUGCAUGGACGGUAGCAAGACAAGCUAUGAUCUUGAUGCAGACAAGGCACUCAUUCUGUUCAAGCCUGACACGCAUCCAGCGCCUCAACUGCAGAAUGACAAUGGAGCACAUGAGGAGAACUCAAAAGUUCAGCUCCUCAGAGUGCUGGAGACUCGUAAAACUGUCUUACGUAAAGAGCAGGCUAUGGCUUUUGCACGUGCUGUAGCUGCUGGGUUUGACAUAGACAACCUGGGAUAUUUGAUCUCAUUUGCAGAGCGUUUUGGUGCUUCACGCUUGAUGAAGGCAAGCACACAGUUCAUUGAGUUGUGGAGGCAGAAACAUGAAACUGGACAGUGGAUUGAAUUUGAGGCUGAAGCAAUGUCUGCGCGCUCUGAAUUCCCCCCCUUCAAUGCGGCUGGCAUUAUGUUUAUGGGAGACAAUAUGAAGCAAAACCUGGAAACAAUGUCAGUUUCCAAUGGUGAUGCAAAUGGCGAAGAUGCUGCUAAAGCUGAUCAUAGAACACCUCAGCACUCAGGAGCUCCUCAUGAGUACCCUCAUGGUCCAUAUCAAUCUGCAUAUCCACCAUGGGCAAUGCAUCCGCCUUACCCCAUGCAAGGCAUGCCAUACUACCCUGGGGUGAACCCAUAUUACCCUCCCCCCUAUCCUCCAAUGGAUGAUUCUAGAUACAACCACUCAGAAAGGAGAGCAUCAAGGAAGCACUCGUCAGAUAGCAAGGACUCAGAGAAUUUGGAUGACGAAAGCGAUCAAAGCGGUUCAGAGAGGGAGAGUUCUCAUGGUCACAAGUCACAUAAAAAGGGCAAGCGGUCAAGCAAGAAGAAGCCGAGUGUAAUUGUCAUACGUAAUGUAAAUGUAAGAUCAAGAAAGCAUGGAUCAUCAGAGAGCGAAUCACACACAGGCUCUGAUGUGGCAUCAGAGGACAGUGAUGAUUCACACACUAAAUCAAGUAAGAGGAAGCAUAAGCGCUCAAGUUCAAAGAAAAAAGAUGGCAAGAAAAUCAUUCUUGAGUCUGGAGAUGAGUACAAGGAUGAAAUGUCUCAUGGGCAAGAUGGAGAUCAAGGAAACUGGAAUGCAUUCCAGAGUUUCUUGCUUAGAGACGAAGAGAAGACAAGGGAGAGUGACGCAGACCUAUUCGCCAGUGAAAAAGAGCCACCACCACCUAGGAGGAAAGAGAGCAGAAGUAUUGAUGAUCCUAUUCUUUUAGCUGAGCGAGGUUCUGCUGAUGUACAUGAGCAGAAUACAACAAAUUUAAUUUCAGCCAAUGGGAGGAUUAGGUCCAGGCAGAUGAUGUCUGGUGAUGAACUUAUGAUGCCUGAGGAAGGUCAGAGCUUUAUGGACGGUGAUAUAAAGGAGAUAGAGGCUGGAGGUGGAGGAUACAGAAGAAGAGCAAAUGAUGACUUCAUGGUUUAUGGACAAGACAACUCAAUGGACAGAGGGAGUUCUUUGGACCCUCUUGCGGAGGCGCAGUACAAGAGUCCCACCCUGGAGGAAAAGACUCGGCAUAGCGUGGUUGAUGAGUCCUUCAUGAUACCUGUAAGGUCUAACUCAGAGGAUAAUCUUGGGGCAGAAAACCGUACUGCCAUUGAUAUAGAUGUUGAGCUUCCCAUAACUGUUCAGAAGACAUCAGAUGCUAAGACUGAAGGUCAACUUUUCUAUGAGCCAGAAGAGUUGAUGCCUGAACGUGGAUUUGAAGAUGUUUCAUUUGGAUAUGACCCAGCAAUGGACUAUGAUAGCCACUUGCAGAUUCAACCUGACACCGGGGUUGAAAAUGCAGAUGCGGAGGAUUUAUCAUUGUGUGUCGAGGAUGAAGAAAAGAUGCCAGAGAAAGAUAAGAAGCUAAGAAGUUCACAGGAGGGUUUGGAUAAAAGAAGGAAGGAUGCCUCCGCAAGGAGACUAUCAUCAUCGAAAGGCCCACUAACUGAUGCACAGAAACGUGCACAAAACCUGCGGGCAUAUAAAGCGGACCUUCAGAAGGCAAAGAAAGAGCAGGAAGCGGAGCAGAUUAAACGUCUAGAAAGGCUUAAGCAAGAGAGGCAAAAGAGGAUUGCUGCAAGAAAUGGUGCGUCUAAUUCAGUAUCAACCCCGCAGCAGGCUAAAACAAAACCUUCUCCAAAGAUUUCACCCAGUACCUACAAGAGUUCGAAGUUUAGUGACGCUGAACCAGGAUCCUCUUCACCUCUAAGAAAACUUCCUGUCAGAAAUACCCCAGGGAGUGAUCCUCAGAAAACAGCUAAAGCAAGCAAACUAGGUGAUGGUACAAAUGCAGUUAGCAAGUCAACCUCAUCGUUGACUGAGAUCAAGAAAGAGAAGAGCGGGAGAACUGAAUCGUCCAUUGAACGGUUGAAAAAACUUGCCGAACCUAAAAGCAAUUCUUCGACUGACAAUCCUUCAAAUUCAAAGUCGGCAAGCAUGGACCAUCCACGGAGAAGAAGCAUGCCAGAAGAUACGCAGACAAAGAAAAUAUCUGCUAUAGUGCAGCUUGACCAGAGCAAAUCAGCAACCCUGCCAGAACUGAAAGUCAAAUCCCCACGGGCCCCCACUGUUGUUGCGAAAAAUAAGACAGCAGCUAAAGAAACAAAAGAGGGGCCCCGCGGAGCUAAAUUACAUCCUACUUCAGAAAGUAGUGGUGGAAAGAAAUCUAAUGGUAAAGUUUCCAGGAUAAGCAACAGCGAUGACAAUGUGGUGGUUGAGAAGACCGUUGUGAUGCUUGAAAACGAAGUGGUUUCUACGCCUCCUGUCAUUCUACCUCCUGGAAGAAUUACAGAGAACAAAACUUCUAGCGAUGACAGAAUGGAGAAUCCUGGUGUGGAAUUGGAGUAUACUGCCAUCAGGGCUCCACCUUCUCCAGUUGAUCUUCCUGUCGAUGCGAACUCUACCAUCCACACAUCUGACAACCAAUCAAAUUCGUAUGAGGUGGUGCCCGACUAUCAGAAUGACGAGCCGGAAAAACCAGCCUUGGCUUCCAUGGAGAAACCCUACGAGGCCCCUUUUGCCAGGGUAACAUCAUUGGAUGAUGCUGCGAGCAACAGUCUACCAGCGCAGGAAGCAGAGACACUUGUGCGUGCAGAGAGCGUCAGGGCUCGCGCACCGGAGCCUGAAAACGCGGUUUCAGUACCGGAGGAGACCCAUGAAAAGCCCCGAAGCAAAGAACCAAAAGGUUUCCGGAAACUGUUGAAGUUUGGCAGGAAAAGCCACCCUUCGUCGGCAGCCGAGGGUACAGUGGACUCUGAUGCAUCAUCUGUCGAUGAAGCCGCAGCAGGAGACGGUUCAAUGCUGAAAAAUCUCAUUUCUCAAGACGACCACCACUCUGCAAGUUCAUCUAAAGCUUCACGGUCAUUCUCUCUGCUGUCGCCGUUCCGCAAGAACAAGGUUAUUGUGCUGUGAGGGUUCUGAAGUGUAUAAUACAUUUUGGGCGGAUGAAUCGAGCGGCUUAAUCGUGUAUUUUGUUACUGUUGUUAUUUCUUCCUAGUACAUAUAUAUACCUGCACAUGUGUUUUGUCAAUUUGUAAGCAAAUUAAGCAGCUUCUGCGUACAUUGUAUUACACAUUAACUCUCAUAUAUACUCGUGUCUUGAUCGAAGAAAUCUUUGUACCAGUUUUGAUACAAA